CCCGGUGAACGAAUUGGCUGGUUGCUCAACAUGCACCCAACUGAUGUACUGGACGAAUCUAAGCGACUGGUUAGCGCGGUUGACUUUUAUUUCAUUCGCGAAGAUGGGUCCCGAUUUAAGGUUACCAGACCUUAUUUACCAUAUUUCUUCCUCUCGAUUCGCGGUGGUACUGCUGCCGAGCGUGAUGCCACCACUUAUCUACUUCGACGUUAUUCCGGUCGUUUGGCAGGUGUGGAGACAGUUCAAAAAGAGGAUCUGGAUUUAUCCAAUCAUCUAGUUGGGUUAAAAGCUUCCUAUCUGAACCUUCUUUUCUACAGCGUUGACGAGCUAGUUCGAGUACGACGUGAACUAGCGAUUCGGGUCCGAGCAAACCGUGAACUGACUAGUACUGAGUCUACCUAUACCAAUAUGUUGGCGAAGCAUUUUUCUGGCACGGCUGACCGCGAUACAGGGAACCCAUCAACAGACUCUUCUAANUCGUGGUGA